ACGCACACAUGUCACAUCACGAACGAUUCGUGCGUCCUCGUGCAUUGAUCAAUCCGCGAAUGACGUGGACAGGAUGAUCCGAUCGAAGGUAUAUAAAGCUAUCCACCAAAAUGCAAGAGCAUCAUUCGGUCCCUGUACAUCACAGCAGCCGAUUCCAAAAUCCUCAACGUAGACAUCAUGAAGUACUUCGCCACUGUUGCCUUCUUGGCUCUCUUUGCCGUUGCUCUGACGCAAGCGCAACCAGUCGAGCCUGAGAAGAAGAUCGAGCCCAUCGAAGCAGAAGAGAAUGCUUAUUUACAAUCGGAACUAAGAAACAAGAGAGGUCUUACUCCAACGCAAUCGCAAUCAGUCGAAUCUGAGAAGAAGAUCGAGCUCGUUGAAAUAGAAGAAAAUGCUGACUUACAAUCGGAGCUACGAAAUAAGAGAGGUCUUCUCUACAGCGCAGCUUACACAGCACCAGUUGCCUAUACUGCUUAUUCCGCACCCUACGCUUAUGCUCCGAGUUACGCGUACCCUUACACUUAUUCUUAUCGUGCUUAUCCUUACGUUUACAGCAGCCCCUACAUCUUAUAAAUUGUCUCUACCCUUAAAAUGAACACGCGCGAUCGCUCGUGAUUUCAAGAAAUUUGGGUAACAUAACUUAGGCAAGCUAUAAAAAUGUAUGUAUGUAUAUUAUUUUAUCCCCCUUUGGAUUCUCUGAUAUAAUUGGCGAGUGAACGUUUAAUAUUGUAACAAUUAAAUUUUAAGGAAUUCGCUGAAUUUUG